AUGUCUUCCGUUCCUACUGCAACCCAGAAAGAUGAAGUCUUCUUGUACAUGGGCUCUCUGAACCCCAAUCUACGCUGCGUGGAAUACCUCGAAACAAUUAUCGGUCUCUUGAAGAGCAAGAGGUUCCAGAUCUGCCGGCAAAAGCCCGACUUAUCCCGGGAUGAACUCUAUCGUGUUUAUUCCAUCUAUGUGGACGCCAGCCUUGACAUCAGUAAACAGGUUGACGGGUUUCUUCCCAAAUUGAUUGAAUUUCUGGAGAAGAACUUGGAGCAAGACAGGGAGGACCGUGCUAAAUCUUUGGAAGGCUAG